AUGUCUGAAGCCUACGAGCGCGAACGUCAAAAUAACUCACGCCUCGAAGACCUCGCCGGAAAGGUAUCCGCCUUACGCGGCGUCACCAUCGACAUCUACGACAAUGCCCGCGACCAGGGCGUCAUCGAUUCUUCCACAAAUGCAUUCUCCACCUUCUCGAACAGCUUGCAAGGCAGUGCUGGAAGAUUGACGCGUAUGGCGCAACAAGGAAACAAGGUCGCCAUUCUCAAGCUCGCUGGAAUCAUCAUCGCCAUUGUUCUCGUCCUCUACUGGGUUGGCGGCUGGGUGUUUGGAGGCUCCAAGGCUGCUUGA